AUGGCAGAAGAGAAGCAGCCCUCAGGCGUCGUGGAAGGCGCCACGACCGGCGAUGUCGAGGACGAACUGCAAGACGACAAGGCCAAGUCGGCAGAGGACAGGAAAGCCGCCGCGGCGCUGUCGCAGCUCGAUGCGCGGGGUGACGACGCCGCAACUGGCUCUACGUCGGUCGACCAAAAGGGCCUCAGCGAGGCCGUGAACAAGCUGAGCGUCACCAAGGCCGAGGAGAAGAAGGACCUCAAGAAGGUCAAGGUGGACGCCGCGGACGUCACGCUACUAGUUGACGAGCUCGAUCUGACGAAGCCCAAGGCUACCGAGCUGCUCAAGCAACACGACGGCGAUGCUGUCAAGGCGAUGAGGGCAUAUGUGGCCGUCAACUGA